CUGACGCUUGCGCCCUGUUCAAAUAGGAAUCUAGUAGUAGUGGAAUAAAUACAAGCAGCGGGCGAGUGGAAUCAUCUGUGGGUCCGGUCAGAAAUCUUUACAUUGCGAUUCAUUCAUCCUUCCUUCCGUCACGUCUUCCACAACAAAGCAUGUGAAAAAUCAAUUCGGAAGUGUAAUUCAUCACCAGUAGUUUAGUGAACGCACCGCAAUGGUUUCAAUAAUAAAAAACCAACUGUUGAAACACCUAUCCAGGUUUACUAAGAACUUAUCUGCAGAGAAGAUAAACUUGAGCACCUUCAAGGGUGAAGGGGAACUGUCAGAUCUGGAAUUGAAUGAGAUUGUGCUUACGGAAUUGCUAGAGCUGCCCACUUGGCUUAGGCUCACAAAUGCAUGGUGCAACAGAGUGUCCUUUCGCAUACAGUGGACACAGCUGAAGAAGGUUCCUAUAGUCCUGAGUUUGGACGAAGUUAAAAUAAUUGUUGAAACUUGCGAAGAAUUACGAACUAAUACACCGAGUGCCGCUGCAGCCCCAGUUCCUGGAAAAUAUAGUUUUAUCCAUAAAAUCAUAGAUGGAAUAACGAUUAACGUUAACAAAGUGAUAGUUAUAUUCAAGAGUCCAGCGUUCACAGCCAACAUCGAGAUAUCAAGGAUUUUGGUAGAUUCGAAGAAUCCGCGAUGGAAGAAGGCCGAAUUGCCGAUGACGCGAUUGAAGGAACCCGAAAAGGGUCAGAUAUUAAUUUUCAAGGAGCUGGAAUGGCAGACGGUGAGGAUCGAGGCGAAAUCUACGGUGGACAAGAAUCUUACGCCACUGAAGUUAUUGACUAAUCAGGCGAGAUGUCGGAUAGUCAUCAAAAAACGACUGUCGGAUUGCUUUGUGAUGGGUUCAAGAAUCACUAUCAUCUUGGACGAUUUGCUUUGGGUGUUGACGGAUUCGCAGCUGAAGGCGGCCUUGCAUUUUCUGGAUUCACUCUCUGGAUUAGUGGAGAAGGCGACUGAAGUAACAAGGAAAGCUAAGGCUGCUAGGAAAUUAGAAGAACUGCCAGAGUAUAGAGCGCAAUUAGCGCAGCAGGCUCGUGUCAAAGAUCGGGAAUCGGAGAUAUCCAAGAUAUUCGCCAUGUGCGAUGUGGUUGAAACAUCUUACCAUUUCCUAUCGCAUAAAAUCGUGCUGCAUCUCAGCGACGAUUGUGGACCUGGACGAUCGACGCAUCCAAAUUUGAAGGAUGGCGGCGCUCUGCAGAUCUGCCUGGAAAAGUUCCAAGUGGAUUACUAUCCUUACCAUUUGGCGAAGCUAGAUAGGAAACAUUGGCCCAAGUAUACGGAGGCCGAUAUACCGAUCGUUCUUUGGCAAGACCAAGCGCUGAAUUCGUUUAAGACAAAGUUUUUGGAUUUGCUGGACAAGAAUAUAACACAUCACGCGCCUUUGAGCCGAGCCAAUAAGGUUUAUACAUUUGUGCAGGGUGCCAAAAUGGAGAACGACGUUACCUCACCUGGUGCAGAGAACAGGCGGAUGUCGAACGCGCAUCAGGCCAAUGUAAAGUCGUUCGCCGUGAAUCAAUUCGCUAAGCUGAUGACGACGUGCGUCAUCAUGCGUAUCGAAGACUUUACGAUUUACCGAGUGACAACAUCCAAGAGGAAACUGAUGCUGAAGGAGUUCAUUUCAGCACAAACGAAAAGGAAAGAUUUCAAAGGAGACAGAGAGCAUAUGCAACUGCCAGAGGACGCGAAAAUUAUCCACGCGGAAUUUUCGUACUUCUAUUAUCCUGAUGAUACACCGUUUCCACUUCCACCUCCAAAGUUCUACGUGCAAGUGAAUCCUAUACAGAUUUACUUCGACGUCGAUAGUUGCUUGUGGUUCAACUCCUUCGUGCUGAACUUACAUCAAUCUCUGCUAGAUUCCAAGCAGGAUAUGCCCAAUUCAGAUUUGACCUACAUCGAUGUUAAAAUCGAAGCUAUCCUACCUAGGGUUGUUUUCGAGAGCAGUAAGGAGUAUCACGCGCAACGGGAUCGUCCGAAAUCUUUAACUUUCCAAGUAACACGAGCUACCAUCACAAACGUACGCAGUUUGGAGCAGUCUUCUAGAGCUGAUUUGGCCAAGUGCGUGGAUUCCUUCCACAUGGGUUCGCUGUUUUUCGGUUCGGACUUUCCAUCCAGACCCAACGAUUUCAAUAUCGUCACGCAGAAAUUCUUGGAUCAUAUCGCGGCCAAAGAUAAUAUCAGAGAUACUCCGACGGAACUCGACGCGAAUAACAUGAACAACUUCCUUUGUCAGAUAAGCCGAGAACUGCUUUGGACCGAAGCCAAGGACGUGUGGUGCAUUAGUUUGGAUCCGGUGUGGGGUGAUUUCCAUGGAGCAAGGGCUUCCACUAAGCCUAUACCGUUCCUGGAUGCCGUUCCGAUUACGGUGUGGGUGCACAUGAACAUGGAUCCCAAUUCGACAAUCAAAAAGGAGGAGAACAGGAAUGCGGAUAUACACGCCCUCGCGCACAUCUCCAACCUCGUUAGUGUUCAACUCAAUCAUUACCAGUAUCUGUUCUUGCUCAGACUUGCGGAGGACGCUGGAGAAUUGGCCAGUUUCCUCUCAAUGGAUGCCAACAGGAUCAUGAAGGUUGAUAACAAUGGAUCAUUGAUCUUCGGGGCGUUGAUUCCACAAUUGGAAGCUACUUUUGUUAUGCCAUCUCAAUACCCCGGUAAAGAAUCUUCCGGCGGAGACGUCGAGUCUUUUGUACCAGAUUCUUCUAGCAUUGGAGAUGAUAUACUCAUAGGAGGUUCCACUGCAACGGUAUGGCAGCAUAGUACUUUCUCGAUGUCGCAUUCGAUUCAGUCUGUCGGAGAUGGGAGCAGAAAGAUCCUGCCGAACGGAUCUAGAAAUGCGAUGCCCGAAAUGUCUUCCAGUUGUUCGAUGAACUUCGUUCCGCAAACUGUAGAAAACAAAGCCGUAGCGAAAAUGAACAAUCAAACCUUCUCUAAUAUACCCAAUAAUUUUAACGCAGGAUUAUUUUCCAUGAAGAAGGGUUUCAAUUCGCUGAUGACUUCAAUAGACAGCGCAUUGAAGACCAACGUAGACGACAUCAGCGAUAGCAUUUCGAUACAGAGCGACGCAUCCAGCGAAUCGGAAAAGUACGUGAUUAUCUCGAAGGAUUCUAAUGAAAGAGAGAACUUCUUAGAUAGCAUGUUCAACGUGAUGGAUUUUGAAGCCAACACCAAGCGGUCAGUGGAAACAGCCAAUGAAGCUUUGGAAGACGAUUGCACCGUUACAUCUUCCAGCAAUCAUUCGCUCACAAGCAGCUGCAGAAGAAAAGAUAUCGUGUCCAUUACUACGUUCAAAUUGAACAAGGUCGAAUUUCUUCAGCAAUCAGUGGGAUAUUCUUCAUCGAUAAAGUUGCAAGUCUGCAACAUAGUCAACGACGACUGCAAUUCCAUCCCUUGGGAUGAGUUCCAGGCCAAAAUCAAGAGCAAGUUCAGUUCGAGAUCGAGGGCCUGGUCAGAGAAUCCCAGCACCAGUUGCACGACGACUCGAGUUAAGCUCAGGAUGGACCACGAUUUAGUUCUUCCUUCGUCGAAAUCCUUAAUGGAAAUGGACUUCAGCGAUAAAGACAACUUGAAGAAGAUAUUCAGGAAUUUCGUGGAUAUGCAAGUUAGCGAUCUGGAUAUGACCAUGUCGAUGAGUUCUGUGAUCGGUUUGGCGGAUUUGGCCGAGGAUGAGAUUAUACCGAUUCCGUUGCCGAUGGAGAUUAAUUUGAUCAAUAUUCAGCUGCACUUAAACGAGGAUAGACCUCCCGUUAACAUAACAUCUCCGGGCCCUAUACCUUUAGAUCUGAAGCUGUCAAAGUUGUUUAUUUGCAGAGGAGAUGACGGCGUUUUUCAGAUAUACCCCAAUAAGGAAACGUCGGUUUCCAAUUCGUUCUCCAGUUUAUCAGUUCAAGAAAACGAUAGUUUGAAUCAGCAAGUCAGCAAACAGCUGAAAUUGGAUAACGACGAGCUGAGGAGAAGACUGUUGGCGUUUGAACGUGUUUCUGAGGAGAACAGAUUGUUGCGUAAAUCAAAAGAAGAGACGGACGUGCUGAGGUCGUGCCUUACUUCGUCGCAGGAGGAGGUCAGCAGGCUUCUGGACGAGAAGCGAAAUUUACUGGAUGAGAUUAAGAAUUUGCAGGAUCGGUUAUUGAGUGAUAAGAGCAGGCAGUGGUCUAGUAAGAGAUAGCAAUGUUGUUUCGACUGCACAAACUGCUGCUCGAAUAUUAAGAGGUAGUUAGUCAGUCAACGUCUUACGAUUAUGAUUUUAUAUAUGUUUAAAGCCGGUUGCUGAAUCAUCAUCGUCGUCGGAUGUUGUUGAGUAGAUACAUUCGAGGCCCUGCGCGACUUAUUUAUCUUUUGUUUUUAUAAACGAUUGCGCAUUUUUUUUUAAAAUAUAAAUUUUAGUUUUUCCUUCAAGAAAGAAGAAGCCAAAGAAAAAUUUUCGUCUGUGUAAAAUACUAAACUCCUAGUGUAAAUACUGUUUUUAUUUGUAAAGGCAUUUACUAUUGUCGAUGUUUAUGUUAUUAUGACAUAUGAUUAUAUAUAUAAAUAUGUACAUUGUUUAUUUUGUGACAGAGCUUUCGAACCAUCUACGUAUCAUCGCGUGUAUAAACUUUUGUUUUUGAUGAUCUGAAAUGAUGUUAUGUGAUUGGUUGCGUGUAUGUUAUUAUUUUUUUUCUGAUAUACAUGUGUUUCGUGUCCAUGAUUCGUCCAUUGUUUUGCUGUCGUCCCUUACAAUUCUCGUGUGUGAGUGUAUUUUUUUUUGUAUCUGGCGGGAAGAGCGAACGAUCGUUUCCACGUUGCAGCGUAAUUGCAAUUGAUUCACGAA